CAGGCAGCUACCGCCUCAGCCUUAAUUUUGAACUUCUCUUCUUCCAUUCUCAAACAUUCCAGAUUUUCUCCUCUUCUUCUUAUCUUUACAGCGUCUCCUCGAUAGCUGCUUGCUCGCCUCCCAAGUUCAGCGAAUAUUCUCUAGACCGCUUCUCCUCUCUCCCGUGCCUUUCGUAGGUCUUUAUCGAUAUCAUCUCCUCGCACGCGAUCUCCCUCUCUCUCCCCACCCCCGCUCCGGCUGUCCCAUCCGCACAUCCGCAGAGCUAUCGCCCGGUCCCUGCGUGUUCACCACUUAUCUUUGCUUGCUUGCUAGCUUGCUAGCUAUUGAAUAACCCAUAUUUGGGAGUUAUAGCUUUAUCUUAGAGCAAACAAACCAGCUCCAGUGCCAUCCAGUUCACUUCACUUCAUUUCAGUGCAAUGCAAUGAUGGAGCUUGAAUCUACUGAUAUCAACUUUUCCGUCACAUGGCUACUUGGUCUCAAGCCAAAAUCCACGUAUCCCUCAUGGGCAAGAGACUUUCUGACCGAUGAACCACACUUCCUUGUGAGCCGUCUUCUCGGCCUUCUUCCCACUCGCAAGCCCCGCCGGCGCUUGAGAAGGCGGCGCAAUCGUUCCAAGACUGUAAUUGUACCCGAAGAGCCUCUGAAUGAGGAUGAUCAAGAUGCCGACGACCAAAAUAUGGAUGGCUUUGGUCUAGGGAAAUUAUACGGUGAUAUUCCAUACGAAACUGAUGAUGAUUCCGAGUCUGAAGCUGAGGACGCACGUGUGGUGGAAGAGGAGCCACCUGUCUUGGCAGAGCCAGCAUUCCUUGAACUAUGCAAGAUGAUGGAAGAGCUUCUGGAUGAAAUUGAAAAAUCACAGCAAGAAGACACCGACGACUCGGACAACGAAUCGAUAGACGGCCUAGAACCCGAAGCUUGCCAAGAUGAAUCCCCAUCAAGAAUCGAAUGGUUGCGACAAAAGAAGGUGGAAAAGGCAGAGAACAAAUACCUCGACCGAGUCAUGUCUUUAACCGGCCUCGAAGAAGUCAAGGCUUUCUUCUUACAAGCAAAGGCGAGAGUCAAGGCCGCUCAGAGGCGUGAGACCGAUCUGAAGAAAGAGAACUUUGAUGCAGUCUUCAUGGGAGGUGAGGGGACAGGCAAGACAAUGCUGGCUCGCCUCUAUGCCAAAUACCUGAUAUCUCUUGGCGUGGUGAAGAAGUCUGGUGUUUUCACUGGAAUCAACAGAUUCUCGGCAUAUAACAUGUCUAAAACAUCGACUUUGAGCACCAUACAUAACACAAGCAAUGCCUGCGGUGGCUGCAUUGCCAUCAUUGACCACGCUCACCUAAUGAACAGCGACGAUUGUAAUCUCUGGAGCCUCUAUGUUCGCUCACAAGACCUGCCCGGAAAAGUUGUCCUCAUUAUAGCUGGCAAUGGCGAAUGGGGUUUGUCAGACUUGAUGGGUUACAGUGCUGAGGUUUCCAAUCACUUUCCUGUUCUGAAGUUGCCAAAUUACACAGCAGAAGAGCUCCAGAUGGUAUUCCAUGGCAUGAUGCGAAAGUGGUUCAAGGGAAAAAUGGAAGUCGAGGGCGGCUACGAUGGCCUGUAUGUCAAGAUUCUGAUCCGCAGAAUCGUUUCAGGGGCCAGCGAAAAGACAUUUGGUAAUAUCUGGCCGGUUAGAAAGGCAUUUCUCGAAGCUUGCAGGCGUCAAGUUGAACGCUUUAUUCAGGCUCGUAAGACAGGGAACUACCUGGAAGACUUCAGAAUGACCAAAGAAGACCUACUGGGCAAUAAGCCUUCUCUUGGUCCCGAGAAGAGCCCUGCCUGGAAAGAGCUUCAACAACUUGUCGGGUUGGACGAUGUUAAGGAGUCGAUACUCGCUGUGGUCAACCAAGUCAACCAGAACUUUAUCCGAGAAAUGCGUGGCGACGAUCCUUUGCAUGUUUCACCAAACCGAGUCUUCUUGGGACCUCCAGGUACCGGCAAAACCACAGUUGCAAAGCUCUAUGGUAGAAUUCUCGCAGAUUUCGGCCUCUUGUCCAAGGGCGAUGUCGUCACGAAGACUCCAGCUGAUCUUCUCGAUCGCUAUAUCGGAGGAUCAGAGAACAACACGCAAGAAGCCCUCAGGGAAGCAAAGGGCAAUGUUCUGAUCAUAGAUGAUGCCCACAUGCUUGACCCAGGCACCAACGGAAGUGCUGGUAGUUCUAAGAACGGUGAUUUCAGAGGCGGGAUCAUCGACACGAUUGUUGCAGAGGUAACUGGAGCUGCUGGAGAGGAUCGAUGUGUUAUCCUCUGCGGUUACUCUGACCAGAUGAAGGAGUUGUAUGCAAAUGCCAACCCCGGUCUGGCCCGAAGAUUCCCGCUGGAUACUGCGUUUGUGUUUGAAAACUUCAGCGAGGAUACCUUGGGCAAGGUGUUAGACCUCAAGCUGGCAAAGGAGAAGCUGGUCGCCACCGACAAGGCCCGUGAGGUUGCUAUGGAGGUACUGAAGCGAGCCUCUGUUCGGCCAAACUUUGGCAAUGGCGGUGAGGUGGACAAUAUUUUAUCCAAGGCCAUCUCAGCACGUUUCCGUCGCAUUGCUAAAGAGAAGAAACCACAGGAUGAGGAUCUCGACCAAGUUCCUCUAGAACCUCAGGACUUUGAUGCCAACUACGAUCGGCUGUCACAAGCUGUGACAAACACGCGGGCCCUGUUCGACGAGUUUGUCGGCUUCGAGGAAAUCAUCUCCAAGUUCGAAUCGUACCAGUACAUGGUGCAAGGUAUGCGAUUGCGCAAUGUCGACCCUCGGCCCUAUGUGCCGUUCACAUAUGUCUUCAAGGGUCCUCCCGGAACUGGAAAGACAUCGACCGCGAGAAAACUUGGCCAGAUCUUUUAUGACAUGGGCCUGCUUGCCGCACCAGAUGUCGUUGAUGUCUCAGCGUCACAGCUUGUUGGUGAAUAUUGUGGCCAAACUGGUCCCAAAACACGCCGACUGCUCGAAUCGGCACUCGGCAAAGUUCUCUUCAUAGACGAGGCAUACAGACUCAAUGGCGCUCGUGGAUCGUUUGCUGAAGAAGCAGUCAGCGAGCUUGUUGAUGCCGUGACAAAGCCUCAGUUUGCACGCAAGCUUAUCAUUGUGUUGGCAGGCUAUGAGGAGGACAUGGACCGUCUUCUGCGUAGCAACCAAGGCAUCAAGAGUCGGUUCGCUACCGAGUUCACUUUCCGCCCCCUUCGAACGGAGCAGUGUAUCGAGCAAUUACGACAAGUUGUUGGAAAGGUGGGCAUCACUAUUCAAGCUACACCAGAGAUGGAUACUACUACUCGCACAUCUUUGUUCUCACUGCUCCAGCGUUUGAGCAACGACAAAGGCUGGGCCAGUGGCCGCAGCAUCGAGACCCUUGGUGAGCGCCUGAUCGGACAUAUCUUUAAGGAAUGCGCCAUCAAGGGUUAUACCGGCAAGGACCUUAUUGUUUCAGGUCGUGAGCUGGUUACCAUCUUGGGACAGGCAUCGGGUGUUCCUUAUGCCAGCAUCAAGAUGCGAGGUGGUCAGAUCCCUAUGGGCGCCAAGGUGAUGACCCUUAAGGAUCUGGAGACAUCGGAGUAGAGGGGUAGACGGACGGAACGCGAUACUGGAAGAGGUUUUGAAACAGCGAUAUGUUUUCUUCAGCGUUUUACAUCGAAUCUGGCUAUUUUUGGUACGAGAAGGGGUGCGUCCAAGAGCAAGGCGAUAUCAGCAUUAGGUUGAAUCGGAGUUUUGGAGUAGCAUGUUUUUUCUCAACAGUUUAUCAACGUUAGCAACUAGCGAGCUACCGUAACGACAGUAAUGACUUUUGAACCACUCUAAA